UGAACAACUGUGAUCCUGAGUCCAAACUGCAAACACUCACCGUCUCUACCUUGUUUUUGAACUAGUUUAAAUACCAAAGAUGUUAUCGAGGAAAAAGACCAGUCAAGAUGCAAGCUCGAUAAAAUGUUUCAAUUGUUAUUUUUAAACAAAUAAAUCCAUGACAACGUUGUAUUAAACUGAAAUCUCUGAGAAUUUAGUUAGCAGUUGCACAUUAACAAUCGAAGCGAUUCCAAUACAACGGUACACUGCUUUUAAGAACAUUUAAGUCAACAUGUGCAACGGUUGUGUGCAUAAAGAAUACCCGGACCGGGGUAAUACUUGUCUGGAGAGCGGCUCCUACUUGAUGAACUAUCUGGGCUGUGCGAACUGCCAUCAGAGAGACUUUGUGCUGAUCAGCAACAAGGCCACCGAGGAUGAUGAUGGGGAGGAAAUUGUCACAUAUGACCAUGUCUGCAAAAACUGUGACCACGUCAUCGCCAGACACGAGUACACGUUCUCUGUCGUAGACGAGUAUCAGGAGUACACGAUGCUCUGCAUGCUGUGUGGAAAGGCUGAGGACUCCAUCAGCGUGCUACCGGAUGACCCCCGGCAGUCUGCGCCUCUCUUCUAAAUAUGAGAAACAGAAAACUGCAAUUUCCAGCUUCCCGCCAACAUGGAUGACACCGGCUACCCUUUAAAAGGCUCCAAUCAUCACCCAUCGAAAGUGAAUACCGGGCUUUGCUGCUUGCUUUAAGAUAGUUUUGAAAUGCUCUUUGUAAUGUUGGCAGUUGAGCAAAAUUUUAUUGUAGAAAAAACAAUCAUCUGUAUUUUAAUUGAUAAUUGACUGUAAAGAUUUUUGUACCACUGCAUUGGGUUGGAAUCAUUUCAAAAGAUGUCUACUUACCCUUUCUCACUUGGUUGGUUUGGAUAUAUUGAAUUAAAUGAAAUCAUUUUCAUGAAAA